GUGACAGUUUCGAAUUUCGAAAUAAUAUUCCAAAAUAUGGUUCUCGUUUUUAUUCUAAACAAACAAAAUUUAAUGGCUCAUGGAUUAAAAGUUUCUGUAUAAAAUGAAAAAAAAUUUUCCUUUAAGUAUGAGAACAUAAUAACAUCAUCUUAUUUUUAACUAACUUAACUUAACAUUAUGUCAAAUUUAAACGAUAACAAAGAAAACCUGUUGUCGUUUCACUUGCGGCAUUUUUCCAAGAAAAAUAAACCACUUAGUCCUUUUGUUUCCAAACUUCGUUUUCUUCUUAACAACCCAAAGUAUCGACACGCUAUACAUUGGUCUGAAGAUGGCUGUUAUAUUGUUGUCACUGAUAUUGAGUCUUUUAGGCAAAGUAUUCUUGAAAACGAAGAAGAAAUGUUUAAAACCAAUAAUUUUACAUCAUUUGUUAGGCAACUGAAUUUGUAUGGUUUUCGUAAAAUACCAAGUAAUGGAAAAUGUGACCCAAUGAAGAAUAUGAAGUUUGAACAUCUUUAUUUUCGAAGAGAGCAACCAGACUUAAUGCAUCUUGUACAUCGGACAUGUUUACCAUCAAGACGACGUUCUGAUAUUGGAAUAACAUUAAAAAACACUCAAGCGUGCCACGAAACUCUUUCUAAAAAAAACAUUGAGUCAGCAGUAAAAUCAAAUCAUUUUUUAAACCAACAAGCUCCUUUUUUUACAUCUUAUUACAACAACGAACAUGAAAUAAAAGAUAUAUUUUUUGAGACACCGAUUAAAAAUAUUCUGCUAGAAAACAAUUGCAAAAAAAAGAAAGAGUUCGAUUAUACAAAAACUUUAAACGAUGGCUUUACAGUUAGACCUACAAGCGUAUUUCAUAAGAUAUACAAGGAGCACGACUAUGCCAUUUCAGGUAGCUCUUCUGAUGUGCCUAAUCAGGAUUUAACUAGCGCUGAUAUUAUUGUUGACGAAAAGUUAACAUAUGCCUUUCUUAAUCGCAACUUUAAUGAAGAAAAAGAGGUUGUCCAGUCUCUACUGAGUUUAAAAUACUCUCGGUCUAUUUCCUCUAAAACAAAAUGGGAUGCUUUAAGUACACUAGCUGAUGUUUCUUUGAAACUACCGCACAACGAGACAUCAAUCGCUGAUGAAUUAUGCUAUUUUAAAAAUCAUGCAACUGAGUAUAGUUAA